GGAAAUAAGGAGGGACGGUUUGUAGACCCGGACUGUUUAAGAUGGGAGACCAGAGCCACUUCCGGAGGAAUUCUGUUUGGACGGAGGAGGAAAACUGUCAGACCUCUCUCAAAAACAAUGGAUGGUGAGGAGAAGACUUACGGGGGCUGCGAGGGACCUGAUGCUAUGUAUGUAAAGCUAAUUUCUUCAGAUGGACAUGAGUUCAUUGUGAAGAGAGAACACGCCCUGACCUCUGGCACAAUUAAAGCCAUGUUGAGCGGUCCAGGCCAGUUUGCUGAAAAUGAAACCAACGAAGUCAAUUUCCGAGAGAUCCCUUCUCAUGUUCUCUCCAAAGUGUGCAUGUACUUCACAUACAAAGUUCGCUAUACCAACAGCUCGACUGAAAUCCCUGAGUUUCCCAUUGCACCUGAGAUUGCACUAGAGCUCCUGAUGGCUGCAAAUUUUUUAGAUUGCUAAGAAACACCUGACAAACAUGAAAGUUUAUGCUGUUUACUUGUUUCAGUAAUUUAUUUGCCAUUUACUUCAAAUCAAAGUUUGACCUACUUUUAGCGUGUGCUGUGAACAAGAUUACAUUUCACGUCCAAGUUUCGUUUGAACAGAACACACCAGUGUUUUUGCUCAAGCGUCAGUGUUGACAUUUGUCAGUGGAUAAUGAAAAGUUAAUGUCAUUUAAUUACAAGUGCACAGAAAUGCAUGUUAGAAUCCAUAGUCUGUUUUGUAAUAUUCUAUGCUCUGUUUCAUUAAUGUGUAUAAACUGUACAAGUACACACUUGCAUCUUGUAUUUUGUCUUAGUUGGUUUCUCUUAUGAUGAACUUGGUGUCAGCUAGCUCUCCAUAUUUUGCAUAUUUUUGCAUUUUUUUUUUUUGGUUCUGAAUGUAAACAUCACAACUGCUACUGACAGAUUAAUUCUGUUUUAUGCCACUUUGUGUUGAUUUCUCCUGAAACAAGAAAUAUUCAGGGAAGAUUUAACAGCUUGUGCCCAACUGAACCACUUUGAAGUUUGGAAUGAAAUGAGCUGCAUAUCAUAUAAAACAUUAUUUCAGAAAAGUGGAUAAAUUAAACUUUUUUUUUUUUAGGAUUAGACUGCUGCACUAAGAGGUUCAAACUGACUAAGCUUGUGUAUUUGCUGAUUAAAAAUGUGUGGACUAUACUUUUAAUGAAAAUGAGUUGUAUGCUGUUUAUUCAUCAUGAGUGACUAAAAAAUAAAUGACAAGGAGAGUCCAAAUGUUUACUUUUAAAAU